UACUAGAUUUACCUAUUUAAUUGGUAAACUUUAUUAAAGGCUUCAGCCAACCACAUAUCGGCAUCAUCGAGGCUGCCUGUGACUGUAAUGCCUAAACAAUUAUUUUCUUAUUCGAAAACCAAAAAGGAAUCAACCAGCAUUGAAACCAUCAGCAGCACCCACCUUUUUAUAUCCUUCAUAUAUUUUCCCAGUUUACCCUUCACUCGUCCGAACCCUAACUUCAGUAGGAUCACAUUUAUAAACCCUACACUACAUAUAUUGUAAACACUUCUGUCUCUGAUCUCGCUAUCUUUUCCUCUCAAUUAAGAGAAUCUUUUCACUUAAAUGGAUGGAUACGGGUCGGGUCAAAGGUCUUAUGGAGGUGAUCGGACACUGAAGAUUGUAAGUGGAAAAGGCUUUGGUAGUGCAUUUGGGGCCAGCCAGAUCUAUGUGACUCGGUCUCACUCGCCGAACCUGCCACCGAUUCCGUCGCUGGCGACUCGGCCAAGUAAUACCGCUUUCGUAAAACCGUGGGGCUUUAGCGAUCCUGAGACGAAGAGAAAGAAGAGGAUCGCCAGAUAUAAGGUUUACACUGUUGAAGGUAAAGUUAAAGCUUCUCUGAGAAAGGGGUUUCGCUGGAUCAAGAACAAGUGCUCCCAGAUCGUCCAUGGUUACUAGCUUUUUUUGGCUCAAAAGAAUCUAUGGCUUGGGCGUGUACACGUUAUAUGGGACACAAUGGCAAAGUGCUGAUGUGGCAAGAUCUUAUUGGGAAUUUUGGCGGAUGCCAAGUAACUAAUUUAGAUACAGAAGAGUAGUCGUAUAAAUGGGGGUUAUCGUUUUGUUUGUGUUUAUCGAAAAUGGAAAGGUUUAUUCUUUUCUUUGAAAUUCGGCUAUAUUCGUUUGCGGGCUUUGAUUUGCCCUUCGGAUUUCGUUUGAAUUUACGAUAGUGCGUUUCGGAUCGAAUUUUAGUCCGCUUGUAAUUUUCUACGAUUUCAAUAUAAAUGGUCCACUUUCCUAUUGUCA